GACAUAUAAUAAUACAUUCUCUGUUUGCACCGAGGAGGUUAUACAGAAGAUAUAUCCUUCUUUUCGAACAUCAACCUCCGCCCGGCGGCGCUACGCCAGAGUCAAAAACGUGCAGAUCGGCGGCUUUUGAUGACAUCAUCACUAGCGUAUCACAACAAAAACAACAACAGAGCUCAGCUGUUCAGCAGCUAACUAGCCGGCCUAGUUACCAAAUACUUGCUCUUUACAGCUUUUUAAAACUUCUGGAUUUAUAUCAGCAGGUUAGCUUUUUAACUAAGGACGGGAGGAAGCCUGUUCAAGCAAAAGCCUUCACCAGGAUAGAGAGAUUUAUGGCAAAGCCAGACCACAAGACCUCCCGGUGGAGAUUCUGACUUCCGCCAAUGACCACCAACAUUAUAUCCCCCUCUGUCAUCAUGUCACCGCGGAAGAGACCCCUGGUUCCUGUAAGCAGCCGGCGGAAAGCAGUGGAUGACUACUUCCCUUUCAACUUCCUACCGGUGGAGUGCCAGCUGCAUGUCUUGUCCUUUCUGAAUGAGGUGGAUAAAUGUAGCUGCGCUCUGGUUUGCCUGAGCUGGAGCUGCCUCAUCCGCUCAUGGAAGCUGUGGCGGGUGGCCGACUAUUCCCGUCGUGGCGUCUUCCACCUGGGUCAGGAGGGGCUGCUCGUUUCCAACCGCGAGUUCGAGAGGUGGAAGUCCUGGGUGCACCAUUACACGCACCACCUCAUCUCCCGCCGGGCCAGCCUGCUGACGCUGAAGGCCAGCUUUGACCUGGGCGAUCGCUGUAACAAGUGGGGCGAGCUGCUGAGCCACCUGCUGGAUAACAUCCACUGCAGGGACCUCAGCCACCUAGACCUCAACUGGACCUUCACUCUUCUAGAACCGCUGGACCUCAGGGUCCACUCAAGCUCCAGCUCCCACCAGGACAGCAUUACCAAGAUGGACCAGGUGACCAGUUUCCAGGAGCUGCUGACCAAACUCACACACAGUUGCCCACGCAUCUCCAAGAUGCGUUUACACUUCGACUGGUCAGAUGUGUCCGUGUCGCUGCUCACCCAGUUCCAGCAGCUCCGAGUCCUCGAGCUCAAAUAUUUCUGGGUCUUCAAAGGAGUGACUCCCUCGACGCUGCAGACUCUCACCAAAUCCCUGCCUAACCUGAAGUCUCUGACUCUGCACAUCCUGGUGCCACUGAGGAACCUGGGCAUCUCCUACACUCUGGAGUCUCUCUCUCUGGAGUUCCUGGACGUGUCGCCCAGUCGGGGCCUGGUCUUCUCCUGUCUGAAGCUGCCCGCCCUGCGAGAGCUACGAGCCAAGAAGAUCGUCCGCGGCAUCACACUGGACCGGCGGACCAGGCUCAGGAUCCAGAGCCGGUGGCCCUGCCUGUACCACGUCCUCCGGGAGGGGACGCCAAAGCUCCAGGCCCUAAACAAUGAGAGGCUCCUCCCCACGUGGAGAGAGGAGAGCUAUGGCGAGCUGUCUGCCAUCCUGGAACAGUCCUGUUACUGUGUCCAGCAUCUAGACAGCUGGCUGUGGUAGUCAAUGCUAUGACUUACAAUACAUCAAGUGCAUAAUGGUCAUUCACUGGUAGAUUCCAGAAAAUACACACCAUUCUUGUCUCUGUCUGAAUGAACUAAUUAUUUACGCGGAGGGAUGCAAUAUAGUUGCAGAUGAAAACUGAGACUUAGGUUGUUUCCAGCUCUUCCACAGAAAGCUGCUGUUAUAGCUGGAAAUACUUUACCAAAAGUUGACGAGACAAUGACACACAGCCUUCUAUUCUUCUAUUCUGUUUUUUUUUUUUUUUUGUCCAGUAUCUCCAAAAAGCAAAGGUGCUUCAUGCUUACUGCACUGUGUUGUGUUGGCCUGGAUUCAUUUCCACUCAGUGCUGGAAACAUGACGACAUUUACCACAACUCCACCUGAGCCAUGUGUGCACGGCCCAUUUAUUGUGAAAAGAAGACUAAAUACAGUGAGUGGAAUGGCUUCUCCAAGUUGUGGAGAGUUUUGCAUUUUAAACUCAGCCUGAGUUUAUUCCACAGAGAAUAGUACAUUGGAGGAUUAGGACCACUGGUAAAAACAAAUCUGAGUUUUUGAGAAUCAAGGCAAAAUAUUUUGAUAAUAAAAGUCAUAUUUGUGCAAGAAAUAGUUGUAAUAUGUCAAGUAUUUUAAAAAGCUGUACUGUUAUGAGGCAAAAGUCAUAAUUUCAAGAAAAAAGGCAUUACAUUUUGUGAAAAGGUUGUAAUUUUCAGGAAAAAGCUGUAAUGUAUCGAGAAUAAAGUUCUGAAAUAUUUUGAGAGAAAGGUUGCAGCGUUAGGGGACAAAAGUGAACAUUUCAAAUUGUAAUAUGAGAAAAAGUUGUGGUCAAACUUGAAAUAUCACAGCUUUUUUCUCAAAAUAUUAAUAUACAUGGACUUCAUUCUCGCUAUUAGAUUACUGAGAAGUUGAAUACAGCUUUUUUCCUAACAACAGUUAUAGAAAACUGAUUUGUACUGUACUGUAAAUUCAACUAUUGUUAUUAAUUUGGUCAUUGAUUGAAUUCGAUCGUAUUUAUCCUCAAACAUCCAGUCAUCCACUGUUUCCAAUGGAAGGACCAGGCUGUAUAGAAAAUACAGGAAUAGAGUCCUCUGCUAGAGAAUUGCACAGUUGACAGAUAAGAUCAGGUGUGCACAUGCUGUAAAUAUUUAAAAAAUUGACUUAAAUUGAUCACAUGCUCAUAGAAUACAUAUAAUAAAUUGUAUCCUACACAUUUGAACUAUGUCAUUUUAGUAAUACAGAAAAAAAUUUCAACAAUCAGUGUGAGGUAAAGUCACUUAUUAAACCAAAAAUGGGUCAAGGACCAAAUCCUGUAGAAUACCAGAUAUCCUGAAAACCCAAACUGGUUCUGUAUCUGCACUCUGACAUGGCUGCUGAAUACUUGACACAUUCACAGGCAGCAUUAAGCUGGUGUAAUUCUUAUUACAGCCUGUCAAGAAUGCUGCACAACUUAACCAGAGUUCAUUCCAGUGCUGGACCAAUUUGCACCCAACAUAUUUUUCUUGAAAGCCUUUUUUGGGUUGUUUCAUUAUUGAUGUGUGUUGCAUUAGUGGAAUUGCAUUGUGUGUGUUUCUCCCAAAAGCAGCGACAGCUAAUGCAAUGAUUUUAUGAGGUUUUAAAAGAUUUAAACUUGCUUAAAAUAAAGAAAUGUAUCAACCAUUCCUGUUUGGAAAGGUUUUGCAUAUUUCCACUGCUGUCAUGGGAGCUUGUUGUUGCUCAAAGCACCACAGCAAGUGAGUGACCAAAGUCCAGCUGUUUUCCAUGUGUGGAUUAAGUUUUGGAUCAUAGACUCCAGAUAAUGUAUGUGAAAUUUGUGAAAUUUUAUUUUCAUUCCUUUUUACCAGGAGCCUCAACUGUUUGCCUCUGACAGCUGAGAAAUAGAAUCAGUGCUUCUGCAAUUAUCCUCCUAAUCAGCAGAGGUCCUUAUUGUCAAAGGUUUGGCCCUGAAGAUUUCUCGUCUUACAGCGGAACCUUGUGUUUACAGCUGCGCUAGUGUAACAUUGUCCUCUAAAUCAAUGGCUUCUGAUCAUUUCACUCCAGGACAUGUGUUGUACGAGUAGCAGAUUUGUGCUUGAGGGUAUUUAUGCUCUUUGGAAUAUAUCAAGUGUAUGUGUGAGGUUUGGUGGAAAUGAUAAAACUUUGAUUGUACAAUA